AUGGAUGCACAGAAUGAGUCAGCCACAUCCCAAUUCCUCCUCCUGGGACUCUCAGAAGAUCCAGACCUGCAGCCCUUUCUCUUUGGACUGUUCCUGUCCAUGUACCUGGUCACAGUGCUUGGGAACCUGCUCAUCAUCCUGGCCGUCAGCUCUGACUGCCACCUCCACACCCCCAUGUACUUCUUCCUCUCUAACCUGUCCUUUGUUGACAUCUGUUUCACCUCCACCACGGUCCCAAAGAUGCUGGUGAAUAUCCAGGCACAUAGCAAAGGUAUCUCCUACAUAGAAUGCCUCACUCAGGUGUAUUUUUUAAUUAUUUUUCUUGGAAUGGAUAAUUUUCUACUGACUGUGAUGGCAUAUGACCGCUUCGUGGCCAUCUGCCACCCUCUGAGCUAUACAGUCAUCAUGAACCCCCGGUUCUGUGGACUGCUGGUUCUGAUGUCUUGGCUCAUCAUGUUCUUGGUGUCCCUGAUUGAUAUUCUACUAAUGAAGCGACUGACCUUCUCCACUGGCACUAAAAUCCCACAUUUCUUCUGUGAACUGGCUCAGAUUCUCAAUGCAGCCAGCUCUGAUACCCUUAUCAAUAAUAUUGUUAUGUAUAUUCUGACUGCCCUCCUGGGUAUGAUUCCUAUGACAAGGAUCCUUUUCUCUUACUCUCAGAUUGUCUCUUCCUUAUUGAGGAUGUCCUCCAUUGCUAGCAAGUAUAAAGCAUUCUCCACCUGUGGGUCCCACCUCUGUGUGGUCUCUUUGUUCUAUGGAACGGUGCUUGGGGUUUACCUCAGUUCUGCAGUGUCCCAGGCUUCCCACGGAAGUUCUAUGGCUUCUGUAAUGUACACUGUGGUCACCCCCAUGCUGAACCCCUUCAUCUACAGCCUGAGGAACAAGGAUGUGAAGGGGGCCCUGGGGAGACUCCUCAGUAUAGCAGCCUCUAGUCCUUCUUGGGUCACUGACCUCAGAACUAAGUGGACUCUGCAGAACCUUAAGCUGUUGCUAUGA